AUGGAGUCAUCAAAAACGAACAUUCAACAACCUUUUAAAGUUAAUGUCUCACGAAACAAUAAAGCUUUUAUUUGGGAUGCUGAAACCGUCCAUGCGUUACGCAAAGAUCAUCGCAUAGUCGGCUCAUUUGUCGGCAGUCUUCCUCGAUAUCCAUUACAAAAUCAAUUUCUCGGGUUACCCCUCUCCUUAAUGCCCGAAGAAGUGACUUUACUUUUAUCCAAAGGAAUUAUUGUUUUAGUUGAUGAUGAAAAAAGUCAUUUAGUACCUACAAAAUCACAAAUUGAAGAAUUUGAAAAAAAUAAAUCGGAAAAUGAGAAUCAACAACUACAAGAUUAUUUACGUUUUAUACAAGAGAAGAGAGCUAAAUUUCGAUCUUUAAAUAAAAAUAAAUUUAAAGAAAAAGAUGCAAAAGAGACAGACAAUAUCCUUGAUAACGAUCUUAACGAUUCAUCUUCCCAACAAUUUCGACCCGAAUCACAAGAUGAACAUGAAACUUCACUGAUUAAAGCUUUUGCACCAACUAUUACUAUUAAAACAUCAUCAACAUCAUUUGAAUGGUACAAUGAUAAUGAUUAUUGUUUUAACUCCCUAGAAACAGCUAGACUGGCUGGGUUGUGGAUAUGGCCAUCGACACCCAAAGAGGAAUAUAAAUUUAAAGUUUAUUGUGAUCUUUGGAAUCGUGGAUAUUUUUUAACGAGUGGUAUCAAAUUUGGUGGUGAUUAUUUAUUAUAUCCAGGCGAUCCUUUUCGCUAUCAUAGCCAUUUUAUUGCAACGAUUUUUGAUAUAAAUAAUGAGAUUACACCAAUGGACAUCAUUACAUUUGGUCGUUUAGGAACAGCUGUUAAAAAAUCAUAUAUGUUAUGUUCAUGGGAUAUGAAUCAGGAUAAAGCAGUGUACGUUUGUAUAGAAUGGGCUGGAUUUUAA